AUGUUUCUUGUCCUCACAAUGGUCAGGUACGUGGAGUACUUUUCUGGAUUGCUGUCCGGUUCAAUCCGCAUCAACUCAUCGCCGCUAUAUCUCAGCCACGUUACUGUUCUUGGAGCUCCCAACUUCAUUCCUAGCGGGGGUUGCCGAGCCUUCAUAAAAGUGUACGAGGGGCUAGUACCGGUGUACACUUCUGGUGUACACUCAGUCGGUCCGGAUACUCGCGAGUUUACCGUCAAUCUCGGAAGGCCGGGGCUUCAGCUGAGAGGGGACAUUCUACUGAAGUGCUACCACAGGAACUAUACCGUGGAUGAAGAGCUGUCACCCGGAAGCAGUAUAGGAAGCAGCAGCACAGCCACUUCCCAAAGGGAACUAGUCUUCGCUUGUCAGUUCCACACAUGCGCAGUUACCUAUCACACGUUAACAUUCACGAGGACCGAACUAGAUUCGGCUUGUUCAGAUCCCCGCUUCCCGACAGACGGUGCAGUGCAACUCCACUUCGCAGGGCUGGAGCGAAGAGGCCCUCCGCCAGCCCCAACACCCGCUGUCCCGGUGGACACCAGUGCUGACCACGUCACCUCCUGGGACUCCUACGAACAUCUCGAUCUAACCCCGCAGCUGUCACCAGACUCGGAUGAAGAACGAGCAGGUGGGAAUUUUACAAAAUAA